AUGGGGCCUAAUUUUCUACCUGAAGAGAAGACACUUGGCACAGCUCUCCAAAUGGCCUCUCUCGCCGUCAGCGCGCACCAGAACAGCCCGAUGCCGCGGCAGUCCGUGUUCACCAUCGACAGCAUCCUGGGACUGGACAGACCUGAUCAGAGGACCGUCCUUUUAGCACCUUACCGACCGUGGACAGAUGUCGAACCAACAUGCCAGAAUCAUUGCAUUGUUGCAGACAGUGAUGGAUCUGUAGAUGUGAGGGUGAAUGAAGAUAAAUCGUACUGUAAAACGCCAGCAGACUUGUACAGAAGAACACUGAACUGGUACAUCGGACGCAGGCCGCGAACAGCUUUCUCUAGUGUGCAGAUCAAGAUCUUAGAGAGUGUAUUUCAAGUGAACUCCUACCCGGGUAUUGAUAUACGUGAAGAACUUGCCAAGAAACUACACCUUGAUGAAGACAGAAUUCAGAUUUGGUUCCAGAACAGAAGAGCAAAGCUGAAGCGCUCACACAGAGAAUCCCAGUUUCUGAUGGUGAAAAACGUCAUCAGUGAUUUACAAACCAGCAGAGACGAACACUGA